GCUGCCAUAUAGGAGUGCGAUUUGCUGAGGGCCCUUUUUCAUGUGUCCGACGUCUCCCGGGAGGGUUCUUCUCAUGGGCUCGGUCUCUAUGACGUGGCAUGUAUUGAACAGCACCAUAAUGCGUGACCCUGACGCGCCAUCCGCCAGAAGAGGGUUAACAACUGAUAAAUGCGCAAGUCCCAACCAGGGGAAGAACUUCAAGAUGAUUAUGGGAUGUUGUUCAUCAUCGGGAGCCGUCAUUGUCGCGCAACUCGAAGCCUAG